CAAUCAAAUAGCGAUAGUUCAAAUCGAAAAGUCUUUCCCAUAAACAAGCUAAGGCCUAAGGGUGAGUAGAGUUAAACAACACACAAAUUACAUCCAGCGCCAAGGGAUCACCAGCAGCGUGUGUGAGAGAGAAGGGGGAGAAAAAUGACGCUAAAAGUGUAUGCAGAUCGGAUGUCUCAACCUUCGCGUGCAGUAAUUAUCUUCUGCAAAAUAAAUGGGAUUGAAUUUGAAGAGGUGAAGAUCGACAUCUCCAGACGCCAGCAUAGAACUCCUGAAUUUGAAGAAAUAAAUCCCAUGAAGAAAGUUCCAGCAAUAGUUGAUGGGAGGUUCAAGCUUUUUGAGAGUCAUGCAAUUAUGAUCUAUCUAGCUUACGUAUUUCCUGGAGUUGCAGAUCACUGGUGAGUUCAGUUGAUUCAAUUUUUUCAUCAAUCGUUUAUAGAACCUUUCAUUUCUAAAUAAUAUGUUGCGCAUGUAAAUAGAGUUAAACUUAGGAUCUUGAAUAGAAAUCUACAGAGAUUAGGUUUAAAAAGUAAAAAGAUUACGUCAUCUUUUUACCUUUAACAUAGGCCGUUUACAGAUGGGGUUCUUACAGAAAAAAAUAGUCCCUAGUUCCCUA